GAAAAGGGGGAAGUGAAUGAAUCUCUUUUGAGGCCAAGAUCCAGCCGCCUGGAAGCUCUCCGAGCAGGUGGAUCGAGCAAGGACAGGAUGGAUUCCGCGGACCUUGGGCGCUCGCUGCAAGCCUCAUUCCGGCUGCUUCUCCGGGUUGAGCUGAUCGUAGCCACCUCCAACUCUUUCCUUCCCCUUCGCUUUUCCGGAGCCAGCCUGCUUGGCUCGACUAACCCCUUUACCUACACCCUGCUUCCCCCGGGAGACGGCCGUCCCAUUUGGGCCUCCUGCCAGCGGCCGGCGGCGGCGAAGAUGGCCCGGGUCCUUGUCACCUCCUCCCUCUUCCUAAGACCUGAGAGACCUUUGCUGCUUGUUUUUCAUAACUGGAGCGGGGACGUUUGGGGAAGAAAAAAGACAUUUCCUCCCGUCUACUGGAUUACUCCCCCUUUUUAUUUCCCCCCUGAAUCUCGUUUUGGCUGUGGCUCUGCGGAAGGCAACCUUGGCUAAGCAAUCGGAGCCGCGCGUGUGCUGGGAGUGUGUUUGAGGGUGGUUCCCCCCCUUCUUGUUCUCUUGCAGGGUACAAUGUUAAAAAGCCACCGCUAGUCGCCCCCAGUGCUCCUACUCUCUAGGUCUUUUUUGUCUCUAGUGCAGAUUAAACGUCACGUCCGCACUUGAACUUGAAUUUUAUCCCAUUGUACGGAGGCAGACCCAGCCAUAGAGAGAUUGAGCGCUCCCAGGGAACCAGGACUCCGCCAUCUUCACAUUGCAAUAUAUCUCCUAGUAAUAGCCAGCACUCACCCAGAAGCACUGGGGGGCUUCCUUCCUAUCAAGACCUUGUGCCAAGCGAGGGGAGGGGGAAAAAAAGCACUGGUAAAAGUGGUGCGAGCAAAGCAAAGCAAAAAAAAAAAGCAAAAAAAAAAAACCUCAAACAGUAGCACUUGAACUGGCAAAGAGGAGACACAGUUUGGGCUAUCCCUUUAAAAAAAGCAAAGCAAAAAAGAAUUCUAAUUAACUCAGCAAGGGUAUUUUUGUUGCAUUUUUUCUCUGCGUGUGGGCAAAUACCAAUUUUUCUACUUUUCUGCGAGCGUGUAUGCAUAUAAUUCAAUUUUCAUUUCUUUUUCCUUUUUUUUUUAAAGAAAACCCUCCUGAUGGAAGAAGUCCACUUUGCUUUUUCCCCCCUUCUUUUUCUUCUAACCACUCUGGAAAAAUAAAUGUCAGCGCUUGGUGAAGUUCAAGAAAAGAUCUGGAAGCUGUGGAAAAGGAAAACAAAAACCAAACAAUCAAAAAGACAGUUGUCUUAUGAAAAUAAAACCCAAGCCUUCCCCACUUCAUUUAUGAUGUUUGUUUAAUUGGACGAAGAACCUCAUCCUGAGAACGUCAAGGGGGGAAAGUGCUGCUCUCUUUUGAGUUCUUUAUUUUCUUUUUAAAAGAAGAAAUCCGUCAAGAAGAGCAUAGAAGAAGAGGAGGAGGAAGACGACCGCUCCCCCCCUCCUCCGCUCCCCCCUACCUAAGUCCAGCUCUCCGGGCGAUGACCGUGUAAAUGCCAGGGCAAUGUCCCGUCGCAAGCAGGGGAACCCGCAGCACUUAUCACAAAGGGAAAUUAUCACGCAGGCUGACCACGUGGACACUGCCAUCAUCACCCAUGAGGACGAGAGCCUAACACUAGGAGAGCCGAUUGGGCUCAGCAUUGCGUUGGGUGGAACAGACCCUGACCUAUUAACCUGUGGACAGUGUCAGAUGAACUUUCCCCUGGGAGACAUCUUGGUUUUUAUAGAGCACAAGAAGAAACAGUGCCAUGGCGCUGGUGGUGCCUGCUAUGAAAAGAACGUGGAUAAGAGCAGUCCUCCCCCUCCAUCACGCUCCGAGCUCAGGAAAGUGUCAGAGCCAGUGGAAAUCGGGAUCCAAGUCACACCCGAUGAAGAAGACCAUGUUCUCACGCCUACAAAAGGAAUUUGCCCCAAGCAGGAGAACAUUGCAGGGCCGUCCAGGCCUGCAAAGCUGCCGGCGGCCUCCAUAACUGCCUCCUCCCACCCUCAUGCAUCAGUGAUCGCACCGCCACCUCUCCGUGCUCUAACCUCAGUCCCGCCCUGCCUGAGCCUGUCCUGCUGUGGUGCGCGCGCAAUCUCAGUUGGCGGGUCUCAGAGUGAGACAUCAGGCACAUUUGGAUGUCAUUGUCAGUUGUCAGGUAAAGAUGAGCCUUCAAGCUAUAUUUGCACAACAUGCAAGCACCCUUUUAAUAGCGCUUGGUUCUUGCUUCAGCAUGCCCAGAAUACACAUGGAUUCCGUAUCUACUUGGAAACUAGCCCUUCAAACAGCUCCCUUACUCCACGCAUCACCAUCCCUCCUCCUCUGGGACCCGAGACUGUUGCACAGUCCCCGCUGAUGAAUUUCCUAGGCGACAAUAACCCUUUUAGUCUCUUGCGAAUGACAGGUCCCAUCUUGCGUGAUCAUCCUGGCUUUGGUGAAGGUCGGCUUCCUAAUACACCUCCCCUCUUCAGUCCGCCACCUCGUCAUCAUCUGGAUCCACAUCGCCUUAGUGCCGAAGAAAUGGGGUUAGUUGCCCAGCAUCCUAGUGCCUUUGACAGAGUCAUGCGUUUAAACCCCAUGGCAAUUGAAUCGCCAGCGAUGGAUUUCUCCAGAAGGCUUCGAGAACUGGCAGGAAACAAUGCGACCCCACCACCAGUCUCGCCUAGUCGCAGCAACCCUAUGCAUCGCUUAUUGAAUCCUUUCCAGCCAAGCCCUAAAUCUCCUUUUCUGAACACCCCUCCACUGCCACCAAUGCCUCCAAGCAGCACUACGCCUCCUCAGCCUCAGGCAAAGAGUAAGUCCUGUGAAUUUUGUGGAAAAACCUUCAAGUUUCAGAGCAAUCUCAUUGUCCAUCGGCGCAGUCACACAGGAGAGAAGCCCUAUAAAUGCCAACUCUGUGACCAUGCUUGUUCCCAAGCCAGCAAAUUAAAACGCCAUAUGAAAACACAUAUGCACAAAGCUGGAUCCAUGACAGGGAGGUCCGAUGAUGGAUUAUCUGCUACAAGUUCCCCAGAGCCUGGCACAAGUGAACUUACUGGAGAGGGACUAAAGUCUAGUGAGGCAGAUUUCAGGAAUGAGAGUGAUCCUUCUUUAGGCCAUGACAAUGAAGAAGAGGAGGAAGAGGAGGAGGAAGAAGAGGAGCUGGAAAAUGAAAGUCGACCAGAGUCAAGCUUUAGCAUGGAUUCAGAACUAAGUCGUAACCGAGAGAAUGGUUCCAAAUCUCUGCCAGAUGAAAAAUCCCUUGUCCUAGGAAAAGUGAUAGAGAAUGUAAGCCUCGGUACCAUCCAGCAAUACAGUGACAUGCUGGCUGAAAAGCAGAAAAGAGGUGGCUUCAUGAAAAGGUCUUCAGAUCAGCGAGAUCUAUGCCCUCGAGACCUUUGCCAGAGAGACACAGGUGAUGAAGACUCAGUAGCUGGAGAACUCGACCGCACUGAGGAAGGGACAGUGAAUGGGAGAAACUUUGGGCCAGGUGAACCCUUCCCAGGGCUAUUCCCUCGCAAGCCCACCCCUAUCACAACCCCCAAUUUAAACAAUUCCUCCAAAAGAAUAAAGAUAGAAAAAGAUUUGGACUUGCCACCAGCAACAAUAAUACCUUCUGAAAAUGUUUACUCUCAGUGGCUGGUAGGAUACGCAGCAUCAAGGCACUUCAUGAAGGAUCCAUUUCUAGGAUUCACAGACUCCCGACAAUCCCCCUUUGCAACUUCUUCUGAGCAUUCCUCAGAGAACGGAAGCCUGCGUUUCUCUACUCCACCAGGUGAUAUGCUAGAUGGUGGUCUCUCAGGGCGCAGUGGGACGGCGAGCGGAGGCAGCACCCCUCAUAUCAGUGGACCCGGUCCCGGUCGACCCAGUUCAAAGGAAGGACGGCGGAGUGACACGUGUGAAUACUGUGGCAAGGUCUUUAAGAACUGCAGUAACUUAACGGUGCAUCGCCGGAGCCACACAGGAGAGCGGCCUUACAAAUGUGAGCUCUGCAACUAUGCAUGUGCCCAGAGCAGUAAGCUGACACGUCAUAUGAAAACGCAUGGCCAGAUAGGGAAGGAGGUCUACCGCUGCGACAUUUGCCAGAUGCCCUUCAGUGUUUACAGCACCCUGGAGAAACACAUGAAAAAGUGGCAUGGCGAACACUUGCUGACAAAUGAUGUAAAAAUUGAGCAGGCAGAAAGAAGUUAAACCCCCCACCCCCAACUGGGUUAAAAGCAGGGGUCUAGGUAAAAUUUAAGUUGUACAGUUUAACUAUUGCCAAUUGAGAAAAGCUGACCUAACUUGCCUCCAUAAACAUAUCUUAGUGUAACUAUGGCAGGUGCCAGAAUUUGGCACUUAAAUAUAACCUGUGUCUACAAAGUUCUAUUAAACCUGAGGAUUGGUUAAGGCAGUAAAAAUUGUGAAGCCUUUUAACUGUGCAAUAAUUUCUGUAUUUAUUGGGUUUUUUGUUUAUGUUUUGGCAUGUGCAGGUACUUUUUAAAUACUUUUUUAUUUUAGAUUUCCUUUAAAAUUUUGUUGGGUAUCCCAUUCUAGUUUCCCCCCAUAGUAACCUGAGAUUCUUUGCAUUACAAGGGGAGAUGCAUAUCAAUUUAAAUUAUAAUUUUAGAGGGCCGCUGCUUUGUUGAAUCUUACGCUGAGUAUGUGUAAUUUCUUGUGAAGAAGCCAACAUUUUAUGUUUUUGUUGUUGUUGUUGUCCUUUAAAAAGAAAAAAAAUCAUUUGAGAAUUAGGAAAUAUUAAAUAGUGUCGCGGAUAACAAUCUUAAAAUUUUAGCACUUUCUUUUGGAUUUGGAUUUUAAAAUUAGCACUGAUGAUGCCACUUAAAAUAGAGGCCUUUAUUUAAAAUAUUAUUUUAACAGAUUCUAAAAUAAACAUUUUGAGAAAUAAAAAAAUGGGCACCAAAUUUUCUAAAGGCAGCUAUAAUAACAAAAGCAAUAACAAAAUUUGUGCAUUAUUUUUAGGGAAUUUUUUAAAUGCCUUAUCCAUUUUCUUUUCUGCCAUUUCUGCUACACAGUUCAUUAAAUAAGGAGAAAUCCAUAGCCCUGAGAGCUUCAUAUGUACAUUUGCAGUAACUGAUCAUUCCAUACCAAUAUGCAGCAAAAGACUAGUGAAUGUUUUAACUGAAAAGUAGUUUAAUUAGUAAACUUGUGUGAGUAUAUGUGUGCAUCAAGAAAUGCAUAUACAAUACGAGUAAAAUGAUACUUUGAUUAUGCCAUUCACUGAAAAACCAUCAAAUCAGGUUAAAUCUGCAUAAAUUUGCUUAGAAGUAAACAAAACCUCUGAAGAAAAAGGUACAUUUUUGUUUUAGAAUAUUUCGCAGUAGGUGUUCAUUUUAGAGGUGUGUGAAAUGAAGAGGGGCAUAGUGCAUGCUCUGUGUGCAAAUGGUUCCCAGUCAUUUUUUUUGACAUCCUCAGGUUGAAAUGGGAAACAUCCAUUUCUGAAAUUCUGCAAAGUAUUGUUCAUGUGUGCAAUGCCAAUCAGACAGGCUGUUUUGAUAGUUAGAGAAAAAUGCUUUUUCUUAUAUGAUGUUUACUAUUAGCAUUUUAUAAUUAUAUUAAGUGACUAACAGAAACGUUGCCCAGUUAAUAAUAGAUUUUUUUAAAAAAUUGCUUAUGGUACAGUUGUACUGUAUGCUGAGAAUAUUGUUCUGAGAAUAAGCCCUGUUAAAGAUCAUGAAUAUGCUUUUUAAAGCUGAUUAAUCAAUUAAAGACUGCAGCUCUAAAUCUUAAAUCAUUAUUAUACCAUGAACUUUUUCUAAAUGUUGUCCUGAUUAAAUUAGUAUUAUUUAAUUAUAAAAUAGGUUAAUCCUUUUUCUGUAGUUUAUUCUAAUAUUCUUUUGAAAGGAAAUUCUACACAAUUUUAACACUUUGUAGCCUUCAAUGCAAAGAAUUGGAUGCAAGAUAAUUAGCUAAUGUAAAACAUGUACUUUAAACAAGAUGGAUAAUAAACAUAAUUUUAUAGGUGUACCUAUGUUACUGGAAAACUAGAUAUUUCACUUGAUAUGUAAUAUGCCAUGCUAAUAACUGAAUAAAGAAAAAAGGAAUAAACCAUAUCAAUUACAAAUAGAAGUUGUAUCAUAUGGCUCUUUCCCCAAGGAUUAGUUUUUGGGACCAGUAUUUUUAAACUUAUUCAUAAAUUAUUUAAAUUAGGGUUGAGCAGCUAGUGGCCAAUUUGCUGAUGACAUUUCAUUAUUUUAGGUAGUUAAAACAACGGACUGCAAAGAGCUCUAUUAGACUGAAUAACGGCAUUAAGAAGGUCAUUGCAAUUUAGAAUAAAAAAUAUAUUACCAUAUACUUUUUAUUCCUAAUUUCAUGAGUAUUUUUAUGAAGUGUAGCUGGCACAGAUACACCCAUAAAAUGGAUUUUACUAAUAGUAAUAAUUAGCUUAAAGAUAACAUUGAGGCAGUGUACAGUUCUUAUAAAAACAACAGCAAAAGUAUUACUCCACAGUAGGGAUCAUUAGGAAAGGAAUAAAAAUAAAUAAAUUUCCUUUAUAAUAUCUUUAUAAAGAUGUAUACAAUAGUUAUCUUCAUGGUGUAAUCCCACUCAGAUAUCUGUGUAUGUUUCUGACCACAGCAUCUCAAAAAAUCCCUACUGGAAAAAUGUGCAUGAAAGGCAACAAAAUUAUCAAGGGGCAAGAGCAAUUGCUUUAUAUGGAAACAUUACAUCUGGGACUUUUUAACUUAGAUAAAAACAAGUAGUUUGGGAGAAAACAAACAUAUAUAAAAUUAUGCCUACUGUGGAGAAGCUUUUCUUUCAGUUAUUAGAAUCAGGAUUAUCUAGUAAAGUUGAAUGUUGUGAGAUUCAAUGUAAAUUAAAUCUGUUGUUGCACACUAUAAUGAUUUUCCCUCCCUUCUAAUUUUUGUGCCAAUUGGUUUAGAUAUUUGGUGUACGAUUUCUUCAUCCAUAACUAGUAGACACGAUGGCCUUACAUUAUUUCCUGAAUGAAACACCAAAUGCUGUGGAACGUAAGAGGUGCUAUUGAGGUUCAUAUCUUAAAAAUAGAAUUCCCAACGAUAUCUAGUUGCACCCUGUAAGAAGAGAGAGCAGGAGCAGUCAGGAUUUCUCAGUAUGAUCCUCCUUAUGUGAUUUAAUUUAUUACUUUUUUCUCUAAUUGAGGAGAAUGAUAUUUGGAAUGUAUAUUAAGGCAAGGUAUAGUUAAUGUGGUAAUAAGGGACUGCCAAUGUCAUUAGAGCACUGUGAAUCCCUGGGUGUAGGAAAAACAGAAGAGUAUGACAUCACUGAUUUCAAAACAUAUCUCCGGAACAUGAAUGUAAUAUUAUCCCCUUAAUUUAAUCUUAGGAACAGUUUUUUUAUCUGUUUGAAAUAUGGCAAUUUUGCCUGCUUCAGUUACUGUUACAAGAACUUAAUCCAGAGUCACUGGUUUGAGAUCUGGAGCUAUAUGAAUUGAAUGAAUGAUUAAUUGAAUGAAUGAAUAAAUAUAUUUCCAAACUCAAUUCCCAAUAUUUCUGUAAAUUACACAGAUAUUUACAGCUUCAUUGUAGGAUCCUUUAAUUUCUCUUCUGACAUUAUCCUCUAUGUUACCAUAAUUCUAUGGAGAAUAAGCAGGGCCCUGGCUGGUGUUCUUAUGGCUGUUCUUCUUUCUGUAAGUUAUGGAAACACUUCUUGAAAAUGCUCUGCUCAGACAGGAUCAAUGUAUGAUUCUGAAACCCUGAUGAACAAAUUUAAAAGGUGCCUUUAUAUGCAUUUUCAUCACAUGGAAUGCCUGUGAUCUACAUGAGAAUCUACAAAGUUCUCAUGAAAUCAGCUGAAGCCUUUCUCUGACUCCUAAGAUAUUGCUUAAAUUAGGCUCAUAUUUAAAGUUCAUCUUCCUUUGAAAUGGCCAAUUUAAAAGAACAACAGUAAGAUUAUAUGUCCCCCUAACUUUGCCCAGUAUUUAGCAGAUACCAACUAGCAUAACAUCCAACACCCUAAUAGUUGCCUUAGAAACAGCCUACCAGCCACAUAUGGUAGUUCACCAAAGGCUUCCUGUUUUGGCUGCUUGCCGGAGAUACAGAAGCAGAGAUUUUCAAGUACCUGGCAGGCCCCUAUAUUGCUGGUGAUUUGUAGUCAGCUUGUACAAAUUUCUAAGUUAUGGCAUGCUGAAGCCGAUACAGAAGGCUGCUAAUCAUCACAGUUAAACACUCAUGGGAACACUUGUAAGAAUAUUAGACCCCAAGAUUAGAAUGUAAACAACAUUUUAUUUUUAAAAAUUGCUCUUGUAUGGUUGCAUAAAACAUGACGCAACUCUUUAGACAUUCUUCAUAGUUUUUAAACUAGUUCAAAACAGGAAUGGACACAAGGCAGAUAUUGCUCUCCAAAUUAAUGAAAGUAACUUUUGAUUGGCCCACAGGUAUAUUUGCACUGGCUUAUGUAACCAGCAACCUUACACUAAACACAUCAGUGUUGUAUUGUUGUUAUGGCCAUUUAAUCAAAAUGUUUCUUAAGAAUGCGUGGAAAAAUGAGAAUUCCUAAAGGAGCUUCCAAAAAAUGUUUGAAAAAAGUAAAAACAAACACAAUAUAACAGCAUGCAACUUAAGUCUGGUAGUAAACCUUUCAUUGAACCUCAGUAGUAAGCUCAUAUCAAACAAUGAUAGAUAUAUUAGGUACAGCAACUAUUAUAUAAUGACCAACUGUGAACUGAUGAGGCAUUUUUUCAUUAGCAUUAAAAUAUUCUCAUAUAAUGCACAGUUAUGUUAUUGUAAGGAAAAUAGGUCAACAACCAGUUGUUUACGUGGGUGCCAUUAAAACAACUUAUAAGCAUUAAAUUUGUUAGGAAGGUUUUAAAUUUUGCAGCCUUUUAAAUGGUACUAAAAUGAAAGGUGUUUGAUUCCAUUAAACUCUUGAGUUUGAAAUUACAGAUCUGAAUCCUUUAAAGCAAAAUGUAAAAUACAGGUUUUUUUUUAAUAAAUUCUGAAUUUAUACAGUUAUAAAGCUCUUCUUAAUGUCUGAAAUUAAAACUUUCUUAAGAGCUGACGUUCUAAACUUUCUUACCAACUGCCAUUCUAAAUAAGAUGUUUUUGGCUUAUGCAUUUUUUAAUUUAGCAUUUUUUUUUAAAAAAAAUUGUUUUUCUACAUUUGUUUUGCCACAAACAUUUCAGUCCCAUUUUACACACUGCAUAGUUAUUGGAGAUUCUUCAUAUAUAUUAAAUCUUUUUUCCAAUUAAAUUGUAAAUGGUAAAUAGAGGUUCUUUCAAUGGGAGUUGCUGAAAUGUUCCCUGAAUUACUGAAGUCACUAACUGCUUCAUUGUUACUUCUGUUUGAAUAUUUUAUUGAAAACCCUUUUAAUUCGGAACCUUCAUUUGGUAAAUAACAUUGAUUUGAAGAAGAAAAUAUAUUGUAGUGUUUAUUCACUUGCUUUGCUUUUCUGUUUCUAGUUCCAUGGUUCUUCUGAGGGAAGCAUGGACAGUGGCUAGAAGAGAUACAGGCUCUUCUUCAUUUUCUUCUCCUCAACUUGAGUAUUUUGACUGAGAGCAAAGCCUAUUUUCUUUAACUGACAUGUUAAUUGAUCAGACGUGGAACAAUAUGCUUUCCCUUAUUUACAAAGAUCCUUUCAUCCUGACAUAUAAUACUUUUUGCAAGUUAUUAUAGUUCUAAUUCUUUGCUGUUCUUUUAGCCUUUCAUAUCAGAACAGGUGCCCUCAGCUGAAAUGUCAAUCGUUAUCUGUUUGUAUAUGUUUGUGUGCUUUUGAUGUAGUGGUUAAGUCAUCAGGCUAGAAACCAGGAGACUGUGAGUUCUAGUCAUGCUUUAGACACGAAGCCGGCUGAGUUAUCUCGACUAGUCACUUUCUCUCAACUCUAGGAAGGAGACAGUGGCAAACCACUUAUGAGAAACUUUGCCAAGAAAACUUGCAGGCAGUAUCCAAGAAUUUGGAUAUAUUGGAUGAAAGGAAAAACAAAACACAGGUGAACACACAUAUCCAUAUACAAAUCUUCAUAACCUAAGACUUUUUAGGUAAUAAUUUGAAAACCCCUGAUAUAGUUAGUGUACAUUAUUAUAAAAUUUACAUUUUGAUUCUGUUGACCCGCACUUUAAAGUUAUAUAUAUAUAUUUGUUUAUUUGUUUGCAUUGAAGACCAGUGGCUUCUAAACAAGAAAUUACAGCAUUUUUGUCUUUGCUUGGCCCAGAGAUGGGUGAACUAUUAAAGGGGGACAUCUGAGAUUAAGUGUCAGUGUUGCUAAGCAUGGCAUUCACAAUACUGGCACUAUAAAAAACUAAUAAUUUAUUGGACAGUUUUUUUACUGCCAUUUCAAUUUGAUGUGAGUGCCUUGAAAACUGAUCUUCCUAUUUCAGUCUCUUGAGACACAUGCAAACAAUUUUUGUGAAAUGAAAAGACUUUUCAAAAAAGAUAGAACAAGAAAGGUAUGUUCUUUAGAUGAAAAACAAAGAGCCACAUUUACAUUUUUUUUAAAAAAAGCCUGGUUGAAGAUAGUGGACAUGAAACUGCCAUAAGACCCAAUCAAAUGAAGAUGUAUAUCCAGCACAACUUCGGACAUCCAUUUGCUGAAUUAUUCUCAGCCUUUCUCUUUUUUUUCAGGACAACGCUGCUUAGGAAAUGGAAUGGAAAUGAUUUACUGCUGAAUUAAAACUCAAAUGACACAAAUUGCAAGUUGUUAUCAUUGAAUGAAAAAUAAUUCAGGAACAACGGCUAAUUUUUUAAAAAGUUAAAUUUAGUGCACUCUGUCUUAAAAUACGUUUACAGUAUUGAAUACAUA